AUGGAAGGAGGACUUUUCUCAGGCCUACGCAAGCUUUUAUCAGGGUUAGCGUGCUAUCAAGCUCGUCCAUCUAUAGACAUCGAUAAUUUUAUGUCAUCUAACCAUUUUGACAGUCAAAAUAAAACAGCAGAAGACGCAAGUAACACGACUCAUUACAACCACGCUAAAAAAUCCCAAAAAACCAUCCAAAAGCUGAAAACACAUGACGAGACUUCCCCAAAGUUAUAUAUUUUCUACCAUAAAUAUGCCUAUUUUUCUUAAAAAAAAAAAAAAUUCUUUAUUUCCCAAAAAAAUAUACAAGAAAAAAAUCCUUAACAGUCACAGAAAAAACUCAAGCAGUCUACCAAGAUCAAAAUUUCAACGACAAAGAUCUCAGCCAAUUCCACACAGAGCCUAUAAGAAACCCUAAACAUUUAUACUCAAAUAAGCGAAAAAUCAACGAAAUGCUCUGAGAAGCCAUAGAAACAGCUGACCCUGACCUCUGCAGAAGUUUAUUAGAUGAAAAAGUCUAUGGAUCAUUAAAGGCACAAUUGUCAUUUCGAGGAGAAGACAAUAAAACCCCCUUACAUCUAGCAGUAGAAAUCGGGAAUAUCAAAGUAAUAGAAACUUUAUUAGAAAAAGCUGAAAAUAGCGACAUAAACUCUCAAGACAAUAAUUGGCAGACUCCUCUACAUAUAGCCUGCAAAAACGGCAAGAAAAAAAUCGCAAAAAUCCUGCUCUCUGCAGGGGCAAGGACUGAUAUCACAGAUACCAAAGGGAAAAAACCAUUAGAUGUUGCCAUAGACUAUGGAUAUCAGCCACUUAUAGCAAUUUUUAAUAAGCAGACACAAAAAGCGGUCCCAGAUUCCCCGCUGCCUUCACAGGAAGACGAGACUAUUGAAAUACAGACCUUUGAAGAAGCAGAAGUCGAACAAAUGAUGCAAAGACUGUCAACGCCAUUUAUCCCUAACGACAAAGGUAAAGAAAAAGCAUCAAAAGUCCCUGUUUUUGAUGAAGAAGAAAAAUCUGAAAAGAAAAAAGUGACUGCCAGCGAUUUUGAAGCCAUUUCUCAGCUAGGAAAAGGAAGCUUUGGGGAGGUAUUUUUAGUCAAAAAAAUAGGCACUGACAAGCUAUAUGCUAUGAAAAUUUUGAGAAAAAAUAAAAUUAUUGGCCAAAAUCUCGUAAAAUAUGCCCUGACUGAAAGAAAUGUGAUGAGCUAUUUUAAUCACCCUUUUAUUGUAGGGCUAAAAUAUGCGUUUCAGACUACUGAUAAAUUAUUUUUAAUACUGGAUUAUUGCCCUGGUGGCGAUUUGACGUCUUAUAUAAUAAAAGAAAAAAAAUUUGACGAGAAAAGAGCAAGGAUUUAUUUAUGUGAAAUUUUAUUAGCACUAGAAGAGCUACAUAAACGAGAUAUUAUUUAUAGAGAUUUAAAGCCAGAUAAUGUAGUAUUAGACGCCCAAGGCCAUGCAAUGCUUACUGAUUUCGGGUUAUCGAAAGAAGGGGUUUUUGAUAAUAAUUCAGCCAAAUCGUUUUGUGGGAGUGUUGCAUAUUUGGCACCAGAAAUGCUAAAAAGAAAAGGCCAUGGGAAAGCAGUGGACUGAUAUUUAUUAGGGGUUUUAUCCUUUUUUAUAUUAAAUAGGUGCUUAUUUAUAAGAAAAUUGGCAUUGAAAAUAGUAGAGGAUACUAUAUGAGAUGCUUGUAGGAGUCCCACCUUAUUAUGCAAAUAAUAGGGAGCAGCUAUUUUAUAACAUCCAAAACGCAAAAUUAAAACUUCCUCCUUUUUUAAGCCCAGAAGCUAAAAACCUGUUAAAAGGGCUACUAGAAAGAGACCCGAAUAGAAGACUAGGAAGCCAUUAUGACGCUGAAGAAAUCAAAAGAUAUGAGUUUUUUGAUGGGAUUGACUGGGCAAAAGUUAUGAGAAGGGAGCUAAAACCGCCAAAGCCUGCCAGAAAAUUUAUACCGCCGACGAAUAUGCCACAAUAUAAAGUUCGAGGGAGGCAGCAUUCGCCUGAAAGUGAUGCAAACAGGCUUGAAAAUUGGACUUUUAUUGCUGAGUAG